AAAGGUCUGCCCAACCUUGCGUCUUUUGCCUAGUCUUUUUGUACCUGACAACUACGAAGUAAUUUACAGGAUAGGUUGUGUCGUAAUAUAUUACUUGGAAGAUCUAUUUAGAUGGCAUGAAUGUUCAAAAAUUCAUCUCUUGCUGGCCAUUUGGCUUUUUCCAGUUUUUACAUGGAAAGAGAUCUCGUUUUCGAGAUAUAUGCAUUGAUAUGUCUAUCGUGCAAUAGAUAAUGUAUGCACAAAUCAAAAGGCAAGGAGCACACGGCGGAAUGUGACCGGUUGACAGAAGAAUGUUUACUCUUCAAUGACACGUGAUCCCACCUGUGAUGUUUUUGGAGACUACUCCCUGCCCUUCAAAAAUGUAUUUUUGCAUGUAUCUUGGUGGGUAUUUCAUACAGUCUUAUGAGGUAAGCCUUUGAAAAUGAUAAAUAGUAACAGAAGAAACAGUAAGUAUACAAAUGUCAAAUAAUACAAAUGUCUGCAAAAUGUGGUGUCUGCUUCCUUGUCCUUGUCUUGCUCAUGUAAACGUUUAAUUUAAAUAUUUAGUUUCAGGUUCCUUCAAAUGUAAGUUUUCUGUUUGUGUCGUCUGCGUUUGUCUUGUGUCUAUUUCGCUUCCUUGUCUGCUUUUUCCGUCUGUAUGCUGAAUGAAUGGAGGAGUGAAAGGUUCAUUUUAAACCAUUUCUUUAUUUCCAGGAAUUGAAAACCAAUAACAUUUAUUUUUCAUGUAUGAAAAUUUUAAUUUUCCAGCAACCACCCCGAAUCCCUGCGUGGAGUACCGAGUGGGCCGGAAUCUCUCGGAGGGAUGUGGAAACCAUAGUGACUCCGGGUACUGCGUCGAUGAUAACAGCGCAUGCCUGCCUUCACCCGAAGGAACAGACUGGAAAUGUAUAUGCAUCAAUGGCUUCUUCUCCUUUAACUCCUCCUGUGUUCCAGUACCCGAGUCUUUAUUUGAUGAUAAGAACAUUUCUCUUGGAAUAUUUACAACAGACAGAGUCGUGUCUAUCAGUAAAAGCAGUACCAAAGAUUCAGAACACUACUUCAACUUUGGAGAUGAUGUACAAGCACUUGAUACAAAUAACGGCGAUUGCACUCUUAAAACCCUGGAAUCUGGAUUCGGUUGCUUUUUGAAUAAUACAGGAAUAAUUGUGAAGAUUGAAAAAUUUCUAGAAGAUAAAUUGUAUCACGUGAUUGCCCACGUGACUGUUUUUAUCGGACCAGAAAAAGCUAAAGUUGAGGAUACCUUAGGGAUAUCAUUUGAUAUUCAAACAAUUAGAGAAAACCAGACAAUAAUUUUAGCUGAUGGAAUAAUGAAAGACACUCUUGUUACCAAGGUAGAUUUGGUGUCGUACGAAACGAGUCCAUUUUUGUUUGGUGAUGUAAGUUACUUUCAUAUGGAUUCAAAUGGAAUUGUGAAAACGAAUUGGACAAUAUCAUUGGACGACCACGAUCCAAAACUCAUUUCUAAACUAUUUAUUACAUAUGCUUACACAGAUCUUUUUAUAGGAAUCGUUGUGUACAAAAAGGAGUAUAAAAUGGACAUAAACGAGAAUACUAAUGAAACUGUGAUUUGCAUAACUGCACCGAAUGUUGACAGUACAAUUCUACAGCCGCAUGACUUUGUUGCUUUACAAUCUAAUGGUUCAGUGGUGGUUCAGAAACCUUUUGAUUAUGAAACGAUCAAAGAAUACAAAUUUUCUGUGUUUAGCCAAUACAAUGGUCAAAAUUUUACAACCGAUGUAACAUUAAACAUCGUUGAUCAGAAUGACGUAAUGCCUUCAUUCACGUCAACUACAUAUAAUUUUAAAGCAAUACAGUCGGAUUUCAGUACCGUGGUGGGUGUAGUUUCAGCCUCAGACCCAGACACAGUGGGAAGCCUCGAAUACAACAUAACAGGAGAUUCGAGAUUUUCCAUCAGCCCUUCUGGUGUGAUAUCCUUGACAAACGCACAGAGGAAUGGUAACGCUACAAUUACCGUGUCAGACGGAAAGCUACAUAAUCAAGCAUCUGUUAACGUUGAAGUCAUUCCUGUUGUUACCAACGACACACACUCACAGUUCAAUUUUACUUGUGAGGUCUUAGAAAACCAAUCCACAGGAACCUUUGUUUGUAAUAUAAGUAUCAGUGGGUACACUGAUUACAUAUUCGACUUGCCAGAUGCACAGAAUUUCUUCAACCUCAAUGCAGAAAACGGCCAAAUUUCAACAAACGCUAAAAUCGACAGAGAAACAAAGCCUUCAUAUAACUAUUCUGUCUUUGCCAAAGAAGAAAAGCGGUCAUGCAAAUUUGCUAGCAUCCAGGUUCAGAUUUUGGUGAAAGAUGAAAAUGAUAACCCACCAUUAUUUGAAAGAGCAACGUACGUCGGAACAAUAAAAGAACAUUCAGCAAACGGUACAAUAAUACAGCUGGAUCAUCCUAUCAGUGCCACGGACAGAGACGUGAAUUCGGUGUUCACAUACAAUAUAUCUGGAGAUGCCUUUGAUAUCGAUGCUAGUACUGGAGAAAUUUCCUCAUUGAAAGUUUUAGACAGGGAAGGAAAAGAAUAUUACGACCUUAUCCUAGGAGUGUUUGAUGGAGUACAUGCUACUACUUCAAGUGUUCGAAUUUCAGUAGCUGAUAUAAACGACAAUCCACCAAUACUUCCAAGUACCACGUUCUCCAUUCCAGAGAAUGCUUCGGUAGACUCAAACAUAGGACAACUUCAUGCAACUGAUAAUGAUAAAAAUAUAAAUGCAGAACUUUUUUAUAGAUGUGCUUCGGAGUAUUUCAAGAUUAAUUCAACUGGUAUGCUGAAAGUGGGUCGUGAACUUGAUAGAGAGACAAUAAAUCACCAUGUAUUUAACUGUGCUGUCUGUGACAAUGGAAAACCUUCGCCACUUUGUGCAACAUCAGAGAUCCAAGUGAAUAUAUCAGAUAUCAACGAAGAACCUAGGAAGAAAAACGAUGGAAAGGUAUUCAGUGUACCAGAAACGUCUAAUUGUUUAAGUGUUUGGAACAUGGCGUCCUUCUUCGAGGAUGAUGAUCUAGGCAGCAAUAGUGAAUUAGAAUUUAGGAUUUUGAGUAAAUCCACAAACAAUACAAUUUAUGUAUUGGUUGAAGAUGUGAACGAUAAUACACCAAUUCCAAGCGAAGAUAAGGAUUUCGAAAUUAUCUUUUACAGUGGAGAAUGUAAAUCUGGCGGAUGUUCCAAGCUGGUGGCGCUUAUAACGGCUAGUGACGCUGACACUGGUAUAAAUGCUGAAUUGCUUUUUCAAGAGUUUGGUGGUAGUGCAGCAUCAUUUCUCGAGGUGGAGAGAGAUACGGGAUUAGUUUCAGCAAUAUCUCAACCAAGUGGCAACGGAGUCUAUCAGUACACAGUUAUCAUCUCUGACAAAGGAACCCCGCCACUUAAUGCUACGACCACUAUUUCACUAAAUGUGACUAUUUUAAAGGAUACCGGAUCAGAUAUCAUCCCGAUUUUCCCGACUGAUAAACUUGUCUUUAACUGGACGGAAAACGUUGAGUUUUCAGCGCCUUUCAUAUAUCUGAAGAACUUUACUACUGAUGAAACACCAUCAAGUGUCACCUUUCAUACACCAAACUAUAUCCAUGCUGAUUUUUAUCUUGAUGAUAACAACACGGAGCUUUUUGUUAAUACAACAGCUCUUCAGAUCAAGCAAGGAAAUUCUUCGUUUUUUGACAGAGAAAAACGAGCACUAUUCCGCUUUAUAGUUCAAGCCAAACUGUCACAAUAUAGCAUGCUGGCUGAAUUAAUUAUUAAUAUCCUUGAUGUGAAUGACAAUCCUCCAGAAUUUAUCAGUAAAACACCUCGAGUGGUUCUCAUCAGAGAGGACGCCAUAAAUGGCACCGGGCUAGAUGUCAGUUUGGAGGCGACUGAUAUAGAUGAAGGAGAGAAUGCGGUUAUAGCUUACAGGAUAUCACAAGAAGAAUGUGGCGGUGUAUUCCAGUUAAGGAAUACUAAAGAUAUCUACCUCAACGGGGAACUUGAUUAUGAAACGAUACCAGUCUGUUCUUUGACCAUUAAGGUGUAUAACCCAAACAAAGAAGAGAUGAAUUCUGUCACCAAAGUCAGCAUUGAAAUUGAAGAUGUCAAUGAUAAUGCACCAAUUUUCAACGCGUCUAUUUAUCAUAUAGCUUUGAACGAAACUAGAACGGAAGACCUGAACAAAAAGAAAACGAUCACUGUACCUCAGUUUUCUGUCGUUGAUGAAGAUUCCAGACAAUAUGGUACUAAGGGUUUACGGUUAUCAAUUGAAGAACCCUCUAUGUGUCCAGUUUUAGUAGAGAAAGACAGGGCUGAUGACUUUACGCUGACGGUUAACCCAGGCAUGGAGCUGGAUUAUGAAAAGAAGAAAAAUUACAACUGUACAUUGAUAGCAAGAGAUGGAGGAGGAAAAUCCUCAACUGCUCUUUUGGUGAUUGAACUUCUGGAUGUCAAUGACAACGCACCAGAAUCCGAUGACGUCAUUCAGAUAGAAAUCCUUCGUUCAAUCAAUAUCAGCCAUGUUAUUGUUGACUUCAUAAACGCCACUGACAAGGAUAGCGGCAAUAACGCUUUAAUUGAAUUCGCUUUUGCCGACACAAGUGGUGCUUAUAGCUUCUUUGCGAUCAAUUCCUCAAGUGGAGAAAUCUCCAUUGCAAAGAACUUGUCCAAGCUUCAAGUGGAUUCUGCUGAGCUAUACGUCAUAGUCAGUGACAAAGGGAACCCGCCAUUGUCAACCAAUGUCACGGUAAAAAUAACCAUAAUAGAUGAAAAUAGACGCCCAUUUUUCAACCAGUCCGUUUAUCAGGUAGAAGUGGAAGAAAACACAAUAUUAACAGGGUUGCUAACAACAGUGACAGCAGAGGAUUGGGAAAAGAAUGAAACGAAAAUAUGCAACUGUACUUACAGUUUCCAGCAUGAUGACGAUUCAUCUUUUUACACCAUUAAACAAAGAUCAGGUGAGAUAUAUGUAACCUCCCAGAAUCUUCGAUACGACAGGGAGGUUAGACCGGUGGUCAGUCUGACCGUGGUAGCUGAGGACGAGGGAGGGAAACAAACUAGGGCAGAGGUCCGCAUUAAAGUCCUGGACCAGAAUGACAACGAUCCCAAAUUUGUGGAAGAUUAUUAUCAAUUUGAAAUAUACCAGGAAGCCUUUGAAGGAACAUAUAUAGGCAAGGUCUUGGCUGUGGACAAAGACGAAGGGGACAACGCACUUACUAUGUACAGAAUCACUAAUGAAUCCAGUAUAGGAAGCAAUUACAAUGAUAGCGUGAUUGUUAUAAACGAAACAACAGGAGAGUUGUUCAGCAAUGGGUCUCUGAAUAUUGGAUCCGUCAAAGACUUUGAAGAAAUAGUAACAGUUGAAGCCUUCGAUAAGAAUGACUCUCUACGCACCGACAGAGUUCGAGUCUCCGUCACCAUUAAAUAUAACGAUACUAACCAGAAUCCUCCGGUUUUUAAUCUCUCAGACGAUGCGCGCUCCAAACCUAUAAAUAUUCCUUUGACAACAAUGACGGAGGGAUCACAUAUCUUCCAACUGACUGCAAUUGACGUAGAUUCUGGAAAAGAUGGUCAAGUUGUCUAUAGCAUAUUGGACGGAAAUGCCUUUAACAUGUUCCAUAUAAACAGCACAGGGGCAAUUUCACUCAGAAAAAAGGUGACGUUCGUUGGUGAUCAAACAAUAAACCUGACUGUUCAGGCCAAAGACCAAGGCGUCAAUGCAAAAUCAGGCAUUGUAAGCCUACCUUUGACACUAAGAGGCGAGCCUGAGUGUGGGCUUUCUACGACUGGUGCCAGUGCGGCAGAAAAACAGUUCCAGACCUACACAUGGUCGCUACUGGGUGUCACGUGUCUUCUUAUUCUAACUACUGGCAUUGCUAUUUGUGGAUGGUGUCGUUCCCGCCUAAAUGCCAAGAAAGCUUCAGAUAUUCAUGACGACAGCAGUGAACAGGCCAGAAUGUUUGGUCUAAAGUUAAAUCCUAGUUAUGGCGCGGGGCUACCACAACUAGGUAAAUUCCUGGAUUCAACGAACGACAAUCAGAGACGACGGUACAACUAUAGAAUAGGUAGCGUGGGUUUUGAAAGCAGCACCGAUGAGCCCGAGGAGUUUGACAGAAGGAGGAGUUUUAGACCUUCCAUGUUUGACCCAACACCCUCUCAGGCCCCUCCCCCACUACCCAAACCUAGAAAUUCAGGGGCUCCAUUCAUUCCUAAGCCAGAUUAUGAAUGAAAUUACUAAUUUUAUUUAGUGGACCAUUUUUUUUCUCUUUUCAAAGACUUAUUUUCAAUUCAUAUUUUGUCAUUGUAUGAAUGAUUUGUUUGCAACAGUUGUUUGUUGUUGCUAUAUGUGAGCAUGAUAGUGUAUACGUUUACGGGUAUCAAAUUGUUAUAUUUUCAUGACCACCAGCAUUGCUAGUAUGCUUAUCAAUAAUUGUACACUGGUUAGUUUUUAAAUUCAAAUUAAAACACUUGAAUGUCA